AUGGUGGAAUCUUGGCCUGAUACUGUCAGCCGCCAGAUCAAUGGCGAGGUCGAUGAAGCAUCAGCUAAAAAGGAUUCAAAACAAGGAUGUGAUAUCAAGGUUUCCGAAGAGAUGCUGAGACUCCUUCGGGAGAUCAAUGAAAAAAUGGCUGCAGAAAAGGCUCAGGAUGAUCGUUCAGCUGUCCCCCUCGAGAACUUUACCGACUCGAAGUUUCUGCCUUGGUUUCAAGUUACACAUCGUGGCCAGGACUUCAUCGGUGAGAUGUGUUGUCUCCAUAUGUCCUUGUGUGAUUAUUCAAUCGUCUUCUAGAUGUUGAGCUUCCCGACUCCAGGCCGGGUUCCCCCUUGAAAUAGAGGACUCUCCACAAAUUCCUUCCAGUGAGACUGAUUCCGAAUCUUUAAAACAACUGCAACGUAUGAUAGCUACGUAUACUACGACACUAAAGGGGGCGGAACGAGAAGUUACAGAUCCACAUUUCAAUACCGAGAUGAUCUUCAACCUGUAGUGGAUUUGAUUCGAGAAGCAAUUGGUAACUUUUGGGUCGUCCCUGACGAUGGUCGUCUUCGUCUCAGACUACAAGCAAAAUCGCUUGGUCCUCUCGGCAGAGAUACAGCUGUCUCUGCUAUAAAAGCAGUAGCCUUGCUCAACACGAAAUUUCACGAGGUAGCCGGCCGAGGACUUCGCAUUUAUGAUUUUGACCCCUGGAACUCGAAAUACGUGGAGUACAAUUUUGGUAAAGGGGACACAAUGUUGAUAGAUAAUCUCCCACAGUUUUCAUCCAUACUGAGAGGGCAAGUAGGGUGGGAAUCUUCGUUUCGCGAUGUGCUUUCAAAGUAAGUCAACUUAGUGCUUCUGCUUAGUACCUAUGCGCAGAUUUACUAAUAUAUAAUCUUUUGAUUGUCCCAAGACGGAGAAAAUUGUGCUUCUGUCCUGUGGGAUUCCCAAUCGAAAAAUCAAUAAACGAUUCCCGCAAAGACGAGGAUUAUGUAGCUCCAUGGGAUCGUUUAAUGUACGUAUAAAAUAGGGCCUACAUAUGUCAGGGGCCUGGCGAAAUUACCAAAAGAGCUGUUAUGGGAUGAAGAAAGAGGGGAGCAUUGCCCAUAUUUUACUAGCCCAUCUGUGACUGGCCCAGAAUCCUACGGACGCCUGCAAAAUAUAGAAAACAGUACCUUCCAAAAUUUAGUGACGAAACACUUGUAUGGCGGCAAGUUCUCGGAAUAUUAUCGAGGCGAACCCGAUCCCCUUUCUUACGAUUUUCAUAUCACGUUUUUCGAGACUCUGGUUGCCGGAGACGAGAGCGAUUCAUCGCGAUGGAGAAUUGGAGAUUUUCCUGAGGGUUCUGGACUAGCUAGUCUCCGUAGGAGUACUUGUAGUGUAAAGAUGCGGUUCCAUUUCAUAGAAGAUGAGAGCUAAUAUAGGAUUGUAUAGGUACUCUGCUUGAACGACCCUUCGUUGACAUUUUUUACCAUCGUUCUACUGUUACCAGAAGGGAAAUUUUUCGACUGGCAUCCAUGGGAGUUGAAAUAUUUUCCAGUUGCUAUUACGACAAUGUUAAAUGCUGUCAUAAAUAUUUUGGGUGGAGUGACAAGAAAGUGGGAUCAGCUGGACCAGUAUCUUACUCGGUUGCUAUUUGAAGAUUUCAUGAGGCCGAAGCAAUACUCUAAUUUGCUCUUUGACGAUGAAAAUUUCACCAGAUCGCAAAGAUAUUUCUGGGCGAUUGGUUGUCUCGAGGAGUUUAUCCUUAGCAUUGGUGACAAUAUCGACGAAUGUGCGAGGUUCUAUAACGGAAUGGUAAAGCCAGGAUUAGAUAAUGGAAGCGCGCUUGUUUUGGGAUCAAUUAUACAAAUCAACCCUAAUCUCUGUUCCAGGAGCGCCGGCUUCUUUUCAAGCAUCGAUGAAACAGAAGGAAUUUCAAAAGGAUGCAGAAAGAUUGUACCAUAUCCAAGAGAGAUUGUUGAGCCAGCAAAAUGUGUUCAAGAAUAA